UUCUGGACAUGACGAUGCCUUUUCUUUCCAGACGAAGAUUGAUGAGGCGGUGGGGAAGGUCGCCGGUGAAGGGCAUGCAGGUCCUCUGGCCGAGAAUGUGCUUGACUGUGACGGCGACGCUUUUCAGUGGAGAACGAAGGAGGGGAGGAGACGCUAUCACCGCCCGGAUAGAUGUCACAAGGAUGAUGCCGUUGGCGUUGAUGCAGGAUAUUCAUCGGGAUAUUCUUGACCAACCUGGUGGUCGAGAUCCCGCUAGGAAUGCUAGCGUGCACAACAGGAGCCACGGUCGGGACGGAGAUCGACGAUACCAGGGAGUAGGAUCUCGACCUGGGAGAGGGUUUCAAAUGCAGUACGGGUAUUGUGAAGGUAUGCCGAGGCUUGAAAAGCGCACUGGAGAGAGAGAGAGGCUUCAAUGCAGGUGGCGAAGAGAGCAAGGAAGAGGAGGAGGAGGAGGAAGAGGAGCGGGAGGUUGGCAAGGUAGAUCUGCAAGUGGGCUCGGAAAAAGACGACCUGGGAUGUGUAUGAGAUUCCGACUGCAAGUUUCUGGAUUCAGCUGGUUUUUGCACCUGCUCUUCCUCCUGCUCCUGUUGCGCCAGCGAUGGCUGCCGUUGCUCAUGAUGAUGAGAGACUGUAACAGCUCCGGGGGUCGAGACCAUGGCAGCUCGCUGCGGAGGGGACGAAGGAAAAGCGGAAUCAUCAACGUCCUCGGGAACGAAAGGAAACGACAAGGAACUGUCAGCGGGGUAAGCUGUAGCCCCCGUUUUCGGUGUGAUAAUGACAUGGCUAAUGCUGUCGACGAGCGAUCGAGGCCAUGGGAAGCCACUUCCUGGGGGCAAGCUUCGAGAAAAAACGUGGUGAAGAGAAAAUACUUGUUACGUAACGGGCAUCAUCAUCUUGCUCUUGCCAACGCCAGUUAAGUUGGGCAAAUGCCCCUGCUCACCGAAACAUUCCUCUUCAACGAAUGGGCUGACCUUGCGUGGACAUUCGAGAACAAACGUGGGGAGUUUGAUGCGGCACUCAGGGAAUAUGUUGGAAAGUCUGGGCUGAGGAAGCGCACCCUGGAACAGGAAAUUGCGUCACGACUGGACAGGAUCGACAAAAUGCAGAAGCUGUACCUUGAAAUAUGGAAGGAACCCGCACCUCAGCCUACCCCUGUUGAUAUCGACCCUACUAUCAACAUUGUGGACAGCUUUGACAACCCUGAGGAAAGGGAGGAGUUGGAACAGCUCCUUAGGGCCCCUGCCAUGAUCCCGAGGAGGCGCCGCUCCUCCACUGGAGGUAGUAACAAUGAUAAGAACUUCUUGUCUAUGGCCUCUCCUCAGUGGGUGGAGCAAAUGGCCAGGCAACAUGACUCACGUGUCUGGAUGCUUGACUCGUUUAAUCACCUUGCACCCAUCGAUCACAGGGGAUACCGUUUUCUGGGCAAUCUCUUGGGAGCAGAAAUCAAGGAAUGCAGAGAUGAUGCGUUUAACGGGACUCUUCACCGACAGGGUCAUGGGAAUCCAGCGUUCAACGAUGAGAACAACCCACUGCCCCCCAUGAGUCAGUUUGAUCCAACCAGGUGCUCUCGCUCCGCACCUAGUGUCAUGCAGAAAUGCAAACCUUCCCAGAUCACCAGUGAACACAAAGUGCUCCGAAAAUUUUGGAACUUUGGGAGGCCUUAUCUGAAGUGUGGGUGUGGCUAUGGUGGGAAGAAGUCAUGUGAGGGUGGAGCAAUCUGGUUGGAUCAUGCUAUCUGGUAUCUGCUUUCCCAUCCUGAGAUGGUCCGCCCAGAAGCUGGAUCCAACAAAGUGAGGAUUGGAUACUUGCUUCACCUUCUUAGGGGACCAUGGAAACCCCUGAUUAAACUCUGCCUCACAUUCCUCUGCAUGCGUGAUGUCAUGAAUGCCGUCACACUGACACUGGAGAAAAAUCCGGACACCAUGUCUGGUUCCAUCUUCGGUAGGCUCCCUUUCGCGAAGAAACCCUUCGCUAUGCUCAUGGGCAGUGCCCUUCUUCCAUCAAGAGCCACUUUUCUCCCUCAAGCUCUUGAAGCCUCCACUGGAAAAAGGAAAAGGUCUUCUCCGAAAAAUAAAAGGAUGAAGGAUCCUGAGGAGGAGAACCUCUCACAGAGGAGCCUCCUUCUCUUCUUCAAAAAAGGAGCUGCAGGAACGGGUCAGUCUGAAUCAUCUGGCACGGCUGUAGAACGUGUGUCUUCCACACCGGAGUCUGAUGACAUGGACAUGCUAAUUGUCGAUUGAUUACGUGUGCUUUGGCUAUAUGAACAGUGACACUAUCUACGGAAGUCAUUCCUCGUGCAGAGAAGCCUGCCCCCUGGAAGAAGUUUGGCGGAAACAAUGGCACAGUUCAUCAUCAGACCUGUGGUGCACCAAUCCUCCCUGUUUCGCUCCAUCACCACGGAUCAUGGGGACAAAGCCAGACUAGUAAGGAAGGGCUAUUGGUGUGGCCAGUAUGACCUAGCCCACCCCUCUAUCACCCUGUCCCAGGAAACGCUUGAUUUACUCGUCUCGAGCAAUGAAACUGCCCAAGUAGC